GAAUGGUCAAGCAAGUAUGAAACUGAAUCCAUACCAAGAUAAUUGUUAUGUACGAGUAGGUACAUUCCAACGGCGUUGUACGGAAAACAAUGCAACAUAAGUGAAACAUUUCGCAUAAAAUUCGUCGAGGGCAUUCACCGAAAAGUUCGGAGUCUCAAUGCUAAUUAGCCACGAAGAUUAGCCCAAGCGACUCGGUGGACCUGUAGAGCUGCGGGGCUGGUCAACGGAGCGCAUUCACAACCGCGGUCAACAUGCGUGCACACGGACGCGUGCCCGGCGCUCGCGCGCACACCGUGCUCCUACGUUCGGUUUACAUUUACGCGUGUAUCUCACUCACUACAGCCUCCGAGUACGGAGUCCCAAUAGAGAUCAAAUUAUGGGACACUGGCAGGACACCUUUAGCUCACAUGGUGGAUGUUACCAACGGGUUCGGUUUAAAAGUGCUGGCAGAACAUAACUUUUUAAAUGACAACAAUAUAGCGUUUUCCCCGUAUGGACUAAUGGGGAUUAUGGUGGCCUUGUAUGAGGGAGUGGAUGGAGAGUCUUCCUAUCAGAUCCAGCGAGGGAUGCAGCUGCCAUGGAAUAGGAAUAUCAUGAGGAUCGGGUUUAGAGAUAUACACCGCACCUUGAAAACUUAUUUCGUACCGGAAGAAGGAUUUCUGGCGGGCUUAGCGCUAAACAAUGAAAAUGUCACAUUCAAUGAACCUUACAGAAAGAUUCUACGAUUUUAUGGUUUUGAUUUAGAAAACGAUCAAUUGCCGACACUUGCACCAGAAACCAACAGUAGUUCAAGUGAUGCAAACUCAACUACACUAAGUCCUGCAGGGAGCAGCGAUGGUACAACUACGACUGAGGCAAUGAUGACAGCUCUACCUGCGCGAGAAGAUGCUAGUACAGCCUCUCCGAAUAGAGAAGAAACUACAACCACACUAAACCCAAAUGCGGAAACAAUAAGUACGUUAGAUAUAAGAGGCGCGACCUCGACUGCAGCAAGCCCAUCUUUGGCGCCAAACGCUGAGAGUACUCCCAUGAGUACUACCAUCACCACUAUAAGAACGGAAACAACUACUGAAAUAAUUACAGAGCCAACCACGCAGACAAUGACUACAGCACAGACAGAAACCACUACGCAGGCUACUUCAGCAGCCGAUACUGUAGCCACAACUACAGUAGCUCCCAGCACAGCCGCUGACAUGCAAACAAUAUCCAUGACUUCUCAAGUCACAGACUCCUUACCUACGACUUUGACAAACGAACCAUCUACAAACAACGAAGUCGAUACGUCAUCAACAGCCGAAGGUAGCACGGUAACAACUACAAUGGAUGUAACGGCUACCACAGAAGCACAAACCAGUACACUAGGUGCAAGCACCGCUCAGACCAGUGGUGAUAUGACACCGUCAACUACAGACAGUUCUUCGACAAUAUCAACGUUAAGUGAAAACACUCCAAUGGAGAGUGUUAUGACUACAAAUGCAGAAACACAGCAAACUGAACAAAUGUCUACGAUAACUAUGGACGAUAUGACUACUUCAUUAAAUUCAGUGACACCAUCCAAUGAAACAACGUUAGAAACGUUAGAACGAAAGAAGAAGUCGAUAGUAGACUUUAUAUUCACGAACCCUCCAUACAUCGAGGACUAUUUGUAUUACAGAUCGUAUGACAUAGGCGCAGAUGCUACUAAUCCAGGCGCAGAUGACAAAAUGUUCUUGGCAAAUGGUUUGCGAAGUGUACAGGUCACGUAUAUGCGAUACGAUACAGUGCUGGAGCACGCCUACCUGCCGCAUUUGGAGGCCUCGGCACUAAGGCUGCCUUUGGACAGUGAUCGUUACUACUUGUUGGUCGUGCUGCCCUCGCGGGGUGGCGCCCCAGAGCUUGGACGGCUGCUGUCCCGAAUGGCGCGCGAGUCGGAUUUGUCCGACAUCUAUUCAGUGCUGCGCCCUCGCCGUGUGAAGGGAAUCGUGCCAAGCUUCACCGUUAAAGGUCAUGUGACCUUAACUACAGAUUUACAGAAGCUUGGUAUUAGAGACGUGUUCGAACCUCGACAACGCGACUUUGCGCUUAUGACCAAGCAAGCAGGAGUGUACGUACGAAGCAUUGAACAGGCUGUCUCUGUAGCUAUACGCAAGUAUCGACCGGAUGAUCAGAAGAAAAAUAGAUAUGUAUCAAGUCGUGAUCCAGUCAUAUUCUCAGCAACCUAUCCAUUCCUGUACUUCGUGAUGGAUGCAAAUAUCCACGUGGCUCUCAUGGCCGGCAAAAUGGUCGACCCGUUGAAUUCAAGGAUAUUAUAGUCAUGCCAAAACUUAAUUCGUUUUACUUUUAUUCAUACCUACUAGUCACUGAAUAUCAUUACUAGCAUGUGCGGAAUCCACACCAUUCCAUACCUAGGAGCUUUUAGUGUGUUAGCAAUGGUUACUAUCAAUAGGACAACAGAUGUUAUGUAUGUUAGGAGAAUAAGGAAAAACCUACCCAUGUCCUGUAGUACUAAACAGCAAUCUAGCCAAUACAACAAUUAUUUUACUUAUAUGAAAUGGAACAUCAAAUUAAACCACAUAUUUUACUUUUGUUUUUAUUUAUACAUUACACUUCUCACUUCGCCCUCUUGGAUUUGAUCUUUCUUAAGUAGAACUCAAGCUCCUUGCCUUCUAGGAUGUAGCCAUCAGCGCGACCGCACUGGCCGGGCCGACUCGCAACACACGCU